CUGCCAGCCGGGUGGCUGCGCCGCGGGUUGUUACAGCUGCUAGAGAAGCAGCGGCCCCCGCCCCUGGGCAUCUUUCCCGGGCCCUCGACCUGCGGCCCGGUACGAGAGUGGCAGGAGAGGGGCAGCAGGAUGAAUGUGGGCACGGCGCACAGCGAGGUGAACCCCAACACGCGGGUGAUGAACAGCCGCGGCAUCUGGCUCUCCUACGUGCUGGCCAUCGGGCUUCUCCACAUUGUGCUACUCAGCAUCCCCUUCGUGAGCGUCCCUGUCGUCUGGACUCUCACCAACCUCAUCCACAACAUGGGCAUGUACAUCUUCCUGCACACGGUGAAGGGGACACCCUUUGAGACUCCGGACCAGGGCAAGGCGAGGUUGCUAACUCACUGGGAGCAGAUGGACUAUGGGGUCCAGUUCACAGCAUCUCGGAAGUUCUUGACCAUCACACCCAUCGUGCUGUACUUCCUCACCAGCUUCUAUACCAAGUAUGACCAGAUCCAUUUCAUCCUCAACACUCUGUCCUUGAUGAGCGUGCUCAUCCCCAAGCUGCCCCAGCUCCAUGGAGUCCGGAUUUUUGGAAUCAAUAAAUACUGAGGGUGCAGCCCCUUGCCCUGCCCAGGAUGGCAGGGGAGGGGUGGAAGCCUGUGCUGUGAUGCUGAAGACAGAAGGAGCCUCUGGAUACUGCCAGAGAUGGAGGUUGAGCCUCUGGGCCCUAGUCUCCCCACUCACGUCCCCCAGUAGCCGACCUGAAGUAGCUUGUAAUGGGGUUGGGGCAGGCCCCCCCCAGGGCUCUGACCCUUUCUGAUUUUUUGAUCUUUUCCUUUUGCCUUUUGGAUAGAGACUCCAUGGGGGUGGUCAUGGAAUGGGCUGGGCUCUGAGGCUGAACACAGACCUGUGAGGUUAGACAGGAGGCCAGGGAAACCCCCUGUUCACUUGCUCAUCCUAUUGCUAAAGCACUUUAACCUCUGUGAGGGGAGCACAGGGAAUGGUACAGCUUCUAGAUUGUUUCACUUUAAUUCUUAAGUCUUUAGGAUGACACUCAGUGUGUGCUCGUAUGUAUGAAAGCAAAUGCGUGACGGUGCCUCGUCCUUCUGGGUAGAGAACCGUCUAAUCCAAGUCUCAUGCUUUCGGCAGCUUCCCUAUGACCCACCCUGGGUACUAGGUGGGAGUGGGGAGAGUAAGGAGAGGGAUGGUGGGGCUGAGUGUGGAUGGCCUGGUCUCAGAGGUGAGGGGCCAGGGCUGCUGCCAUCCUGGCCCUAGUGGAGGUGGGAAGGAAGUGAGGGGAGGGGUGAGGAUGGUGAGUUGAGACUUAGAAGAAGGGUCUGCAUGGCAGCAGAGAUCG